AUGACGUCCAGUUCCGACGAGGGUGAAAUUGUUGAGAGAGCUGGAGAUUUGAAGGCAACUUCACUGUCGCACGCGGAUAGAAACGGUGUUGACCGUAAAGACAGACAGCGGAAUAGAAAUUCCUCCCCCGAUAUCGAUUCGACUUCAAAACACAACAACUCGUCUCGAAGAAGCCGCUCGCCGCGAGGUUUCAAGCGGUCGCGUGACGAUAGGGAUCGCCUCCCUCCCAGGGCCCGAGACCAAGACGCUCGCCAUGAUCGCGGUGCUUCCGACGACCACCGAAGGGAUGACUACAAAAGAUCCCGUGUAGCAUAUGACGAUCUCGACCGGCCUGCAUCACGUACUGCGAAUCAAGGCUACGACUGGCGCAGUCGUAGGGACCGAGAGCGGGAUCGAAGCCGCGAGCGGGAUCGAUACCAUCGCGAGCGGGAUCGAUAUUCAGAACGUUCGCCUCGCCCUCGGAGCCCGUCGCCUCACCAGUACCGCCGCGGAGACAAACGAGGUGGCGAUCGAUUUGUCCGAGAAGGCUUCUCUGACCGACCCGAUUCACGGACAUUGCGUUAUGAUGAUGGUGAUGUGAGCACUCGGGGCAACAAUUCUGCAGCUAGGAAAGCCUUCGCAGGAGAUAGAAACCAGGCACUGGAAAAUGAUGCUAAAACUCACAAAGGAACAACUCAAAACGACGGUUCUGGGCCUGCCGCUAUCUCAAGAGAGGUUUCGAUGCCGGAUGAGCCCGAGGUAGACUACGAUGAAGCCGAAGCAUUUGAUGAAGAAGCAGAAAUCGAACGACGUCGCAAAAGACGCGGUGAGCUGUUGGCAAAAUCCAGCUCUGCAACGCCUCUGCUCCUUCAUGCCGUUGGAGCCGCCACUUCCAAAGCUCAAGCAUUGUCGCCCGCAUCUUUACAGUCGGAUACGCCGCUACAGUCUCAGCAUUCAGAUAGCAAAGCGUCCCAGUCGCCAGGCUCAAAUUUUCCAUCACCUCGAUCGCCCAUGUCGCAUGACGCGCCCUCUCCUGGAGGCAUUGAUCCCUUUGACGAUAAAGAUCUCAUGAACUCUCAUGGAGCAGUUAAAGCUAACGACGAGGAUGGCCCUUCUGCCGCUGAUUACGACCCUACUGUCGACAUGGUCGAAGACGAGCGUCGCCACGAACUGCGUCAUGGACAAGUCGUCAUUCAUGGUGAACCCGAGCCUGUGGCCGUGCUUGAGCAGAACCCUACAAUCGAUGUGCCCAGUGCGCCUCCACAAAAGCCAUCUGCAGGCGAAGGAGACGAUGACGACGAUUUUGACAUGUUUGCGGAAAAUUUUGACGAAGACAAGUAUGCUAGUAAGGCUCAAGCCAACGACACGGCAGCAUCUGCUGAAGCCAACGAUGCCGUAGAGGCCGCCGAUAAGGGAGGUAUUCUCGAAGGUGACGACAAGGAUGGCUAUUACAAGAUCCGUAUUGGUGAAAUUCUCAAAGGCCGUUAUCAAAUCCAGGCUACACUCGGCAGGGGUAUGUUUUCUGGAGUUGCUCGUGCGGUUGACAUCACCACCAAGCAACUUGUUGCUAUCAAGAUGAUGCGAAAUAACGAUGCCCUUCGAAAGGGAGGCUAUACUGAGAUUGCGAUUCUUCAAAAACUCAACGAAGCGGAUCCCGAAAACCGGAAGCACAUUGUCAAGUUUGAACAUUCUUUCGACCACCGAGGUCAUCUGUGUUUGGCUUUUGAGAACCUUAGCAUGAACUUGCGUGAAGUUUUGCGCAAGUUUGGUAAUAACGUAGGCAUCAACCUGAAGGCAACAAAAGCCUACGCAUAUCAGAUCUUUGUCGCCCUAGCCCACAUGCGCAAAUGCAGCAUCAUCCAUGCCGAUUUGAAGCCUGACAAUAUUUUGGUCAACGAAAAUCGAAAUAUUCUCAAGAUUUGCGAUCUUGGCACAGCUAUCGAUCGCUCUGAUGCCGCGACUGCGCAUACCGAAAUUACACCAUAUCUCGUCAGCCGCUUCUACAGAGCCCCUGAAAUCAUCCUAGGAAUGCCUUACGACUAUGGAGUGGAUAUGUGGUCUAUAGGCUGCACUCUGUACGAGCUGUACACGGGUAAGAUUUUGUUCACGGGAGACAGCAAUAAUCAGAUGCUCAAGACUAUUAUGGAGAUUCGUGGCCGAAUAACGCCCAAGCUGUAUAAACGUGGUCAGUUGUCAAGUGUCCAUUUUGACGACCAGGGACAGUUUAUCAGCAUUGAGCGCGACAAGGUUCUUGGCAAGACGGCACUGCGACCUUUGAACAUUGUCAAGCCGACACGGGACCUGCGUACACGACUCUUGGCUGCUUCGAGCGGUAUGAACGAUGCUGAAAGUAGGGAGCUCAAUCACUUCAUCGACUUGUUGGAUCACUGUCUAGCCCUGAAUCCUGACAAGCGAUUGAAGCCAGCUGAUGCGCUCAAACAUCCAUUCUUCGUCGCUCGAUCCGGAGUGCCCCGGCGAUAG